AUGCAAGGAAGAAAUUAUGUUCCUGGCGUUUUCUAUCAAAGGACUAAUCCUCUUCAACACUUCAGAAUGGAAAAUGGUGGAAUUGCACUUGCAAGGAACUCCCUAGAAAGUGAUCAUGCUCAGAUUCUUCCACAACAUCCCUUCCCAAGAUCUUUCGAUAUCAAAAAUCUCUCUUCUAGGCAGCAAUUAUUGUUUUCAAGUAAGCAUGGCAUGAGUAGAGCAAGUCCUUUGAUUAGCAACGACAUAACUCAAGCCAACAAUUUGAUCAACAAAACGAUGUUUCAAACUCAAGACAAGUCAUCUACCUUGAACCGAAUCGAUGUCAUGGAUGUAAGAACUCGAAAUGGAUCCUUGAGAGGAAGCCAAUUUCUGGAAGAUAAGAAGUGGCCUCCACGCGAAAGUAUUGGAAAUCAAUGGAAAGCAAAAAGGAUUGUCACUGAUAACAUUCAGGCCAGUACUAUCUCUCAACCUCCCAUGCAUCAAAACGGUACAACACUUAUAAAGACAGAUUUUGAAACACCAUUUCGGUUUGAGUUGAACCAGAAGAGAAAGCUGAAGCAUAAAGAAUGGUUGCCUGAUUUACAGCUAGGAUUGAGCCAAAGUUUAGGGAAACAUGAUGAGAAGACUCCAGAAAUCAACACCAUGCUUUCUCUUUCAUUAUCUCCUUCUUCAUCAAAGCACACAAGUACAAUGCAACCUACCAAAGCAACACUAAGUGAAUAUAGAUAGCAACAGUGUUCAUGGAGGCUGAGCACUUGAGAUCUGAUCAUGCAUUUCAAAAGAGCAUAGGAGUGAGAUCUUCCAAGUAUUUGUCUGAAAAGCUGCUACAAAUAGUCAUGUUUGUUUUUGUUUUUUUUUGCUACCCAAUCUAUUUAUAUUAGAUUAACCGUAAGAAUCUUAUUAUUAGAAAUCUGAUAGAAUAAUGUGAUAGGAUUCGAAGAAAUUCAUCAUUAUCCAGGUAGAUAUACGAUAGGAUCUAAAAUGAUCCAUCGAUAUCUAAAUUGUUUGGAAAAACACAAAUGACAAUAGAAAUAUGUG